CGUGUGGUAACGGCCGGCCCCCACCGCGGGCAGACGGCAGGACGGGAGCCACCGGCCUCAGGGAAACCCGGCGCGGUCCCUCCGCCGGCGCCGGGCGAGCAGGGCCAGGAAAGCGCCGGGGGCAGCCGCCAACAGCCCCGGCGACCGCCCGCCCCGCCCUCCCUCCCCGCGCAUGCGCGGCCAGCGCGGGCACAUGACCGGGAGAGGGGCGGGGCGCCCGGCGCUGCGUCUCCGUGGGCCCGGGCCGGCGGCGCAGCGGGGAGGGGGAGGAUCCAUCAUGGCGUCUAUGCAGAAACGAUUACAAAAAGAACUAUUGGCAUUACAAAAUGAUCCACCUCCGGGAAUGACUCUAAAUGAAAAGAGUGUACAAAAUUCAAUUACACAGUGGAUUGUAGACAUGGAAGGUGCUCCAGGAACACUAUAUGAAGGGGAGAAAUUUCAGCUUCUAUUUAAGUUCAGUAGUCGGUAUCCUUUUGAUUCGCCUCAGGUCAUGUUUACUGGAGACAAUAUUCCUGUUCAUCCUCAUGUUUAUAGCAAUGGUCAUAUCUGUUUAUCCAUUCUAACAGAAGACUGGUCCCCAGCUCUCUCAGUGCAAUCUGUUUGUCUUAGCAUUAUUAGCAUGCUUUCCAGCUGCAAAGAAAAGAGGCGACCUCCAGAUAACUCAUUUUAUGUAAGAACGUGUAACAAGAAUCCAAAGAAAACAAAAUGGUGGUAUCAUGAUGACACAUGUUGAUGCCACCAUUUUGUGAUCCUCGUAGCAGAAGAUAGUCCUACUGAGAAAAUGAGCACUUUGAUCAUUCAGUCUUUGAACUUUAACCUUUGACUGGAAGUGACCUAUAGGCAAUGAAGACUACUUCCUUUGACUGCAUUUUUACUAGUGUGCAUUCUGGGCGCAUGUUGAUCGCUGGUUCAGUCCAUGCAACUGACAUGCUUUUAUUAGUCAUACAGUAUUAAUGCAGGUGUCCAGAAGUGUCAGAAUAAUUCCAUUAUUUUUAUUUUAAGCUUUUGGAAGAAUUCCAGGUCUUCAUAUAUUGUGCAAUAACACUGAGCUCCUUGGCGGUUUUGGUGCAUCCAUUGCCGGCAAUGGACAUUGUACCAGGGAAAGGUUUUGCUCCUGCCACAAAAAAGAUUGAUGCAUGACAGAGCUUAGGAAAGUUUCGAAUAUAUUUGGAUUAUAAGCAAGGGAUCUACCAUUACCUUCAAAGCCUCCCCAUUCUUUUAUAUUUGGAUUCUAUGCACUGUGAUCACAAAACUAGCAGCAUGAGGUAACAUGCUUAGCUGAAGGACUGUAAUAAGAUCAUUGCAUAUUUAUUAAAUUGUUUAUCUGCUGUCAAAUUGUUUUGACAUAGAAGGUUUUUCAAGUGACAUUGGCAGAGAGGUACAAUGUUAUCCCUAUGGUGAAAUAAAACUACUUUUUGUAUAUAGUUAUUCAUAUCUCUGAAGCAAAGGUAUGAGUAAUUUAGGGUAUGAGUGAUUUAAUCAAGAAUUUAUUUUGGACAUAGGAGAGGAUGGCAGUGAUAUAACUGAACUUGCUGCAGUCCGUAAUUGGGCUUGUAGUUUGUACUUUAGAGCUUUUUCCAAAUAGAUUGCACACUGUUAUUUCCUGCUAGCCAUCAGCAUGAGCCCUACUGCCUACACCAAUAUUUCAUUUAUUUAUGUGUUUGAAAGCAAUCCAUAUAACAUUUUUUUGUUUGCAUUCACUGUUUCUUUUGUUGUUGUAUGUCAUGUUUGAAUGUUACAAAACAAUAUUUUGAUUGAAAAGCUUUGUCAGAAGAUAUUUUCAUGUAAAUUAUUUCUUUAUCUUGUAAGCAUCAUCUUGUCUUUUAAUCCUGUACUAUAAAAAGAAAAAAAAAAUACAUUUUUGACAGAGGCUUAAUGUUUUGACAAAAAAGUGUGGACCUUCUUAUUUAAGUUUAGACUAAAGAAUAUUUUCUUAACUAGCUUGUCCCAUGCAGCCAUACUAAUUUUUUUUUUGCAGGCUUUUACUUCACCAAAAAGGGGGAAAAAGCCUAAAAUCAGAUUGACAUUUUUCUGUGGAGCAACAUUUAUUGAAAUUAUAGUUGUUCUCACCACUCAGUACUAUUUUGAUACUGCAAUUAGGUUGUCUUUUUAGGAAGCACUUUUAUAAACUUAAUACCUUUACACAUAUGCAAAAUUUCUAUAACUUUUUUUUACUGUUGCCUUAUUGUUGCAUUCAAAAAAAAAAAAAUUAAAAAUUCAAGAGAUUAAUGCACGAAUAUCUAAAUCAAGUAAAUACUUGAUUUAUAAACAAACAAAAGCCAAAAAAAACCACCCCAAACCCAGCCCGAAAUGAAUAACUACAAUAACAAACAGAAAAUUGGCUGAAAAUACUGAUUUUUUUUUUUCUUACUGCUGUAUAACUGACAAGUUUUAUAGCCUUGUACAUACUUCUCUGUUACCUAAUGUUUAAAACAUUUUAAAAAAAGUGUAGAUGUUUAACUCAGGGUGGAUAGAGUUUAGAUGGAUUUGCUUCAGAGAAGUAUAUUGUACAGCAACUGAAUUAUGGAUAUUGCCAGUGAAGUGAGGCUACAAUAUAUACUUCAGGAAUUGCUAUUUUUUCUACUGUAUUGAAAAUAUCUCUUGGCCUUUAAAACACAAUGGUAAAAUCUAGCUUUGGAUAUAAACUUGAUGUGUGUAUAUAUUUUCACAAUGAGCCUUUUAAACAUCGAAUUCAGUUUCUUUUAAGAGCCAAAAAUAAUAAUUUCAAGCAAAUGAAAUGGUUCUGCUCCUAACCUUUUGUUUAGCAAAAUGUUAUUGUUGUGAGUGAAUCAAACUGGUUAUUUUUUGAAAUAGCUCACAGGAAAGAGCAGUAAUCUAAUACGUAAUCUGUAUAUUCACGUUAACUGCUCUAUAUUGAUUGAAACAAUUGACACAUCUUUGAGAAAUUCAUGUACGAAUGGUUCACAUAAUGGAUCCUAUCAAAUAGUCUGCAGGAAAGAGGCCUGAUUGUGACACAAGGUAAUGUCUCUGAAGAAACGGUUCAAGUACAUCUCCGAUUCAUGUAUCUCUUCAUGUGGUGGCUUGCCAUGCUACAAUACAUGGUUUCAGAGAAGCUUUAUGACAAACUGUAUGUAUUUUGUUGAAGAUGGGUGUUGUGGUGCAAAGCAUUAUAUGUUUUAUUGAUUUAUGCUAUCACAUGGACUACAACAAAGUUAAAUAAUCAGAUUUAUGCUGCUCUUUAAUACCACCCACCCCAAUAAUAUACUUAGAUCAAAAAAAUGCAAGGUAGAUUAGAAGAGAAUGUACCUCAGGUCUUUUAGUUUACAGUAGAAAUGCCUCCAUUGGUUCUCUUGUAGAUCUGUGGGUAAGUUCACCUCUAUACAGGGGGCCAAGACAAAGCCUGUAUACCACUCAAGCCCUCAAAAUAAUGCAACUAUUCUGACUGUGCUAUGAUGUCCUGAGACAGGGCUUGAAUUAGAUGAAGGUGUUGCCAUCCUUUCUGUAGGGUGACCCUGUGUAUGUAACUUUCACUUGGAAUUUCACACAUGAAAUGGUUACAGAAUUGGCUUGAGAAGAUCUUGCUUUUAUUUUGUGUCAAUGUUCAUGUUGUUAAACACUUUGUUUUGUGUUUAGUGUCUUUAUACUAUAACACAAUAAAUUCUUGUUUUAAAAUAGA